UCGAUUGGUUACGGCCAUCUGCCUUUGUAUUUGCACUUCUAUUCACUCACUCACUCUCUCUCCUAGCGCUCUCGCUUCUCACACUGUACUGUUUUUAGCAGAGAGUAUAGAAUGUUAAGAUUCUAUCCUCACUGGUUUUCAGCCCUUGCCUGGCUAAUGGGAUGGGCUUCCAGAGCUGACAUCGGCCGCCUCUUAACGUUUGCGGUUUGUUGAGGUUUUCAUUAUUAUUUAGUAGAUUCAUGUUUCAUUUUAGUUAUGUUUGUCUUUUGUAGAAGAAUCAUCAGCAACUGGAAUCCAGUUGAGUAUGUUGCCUAGCCAGGUGGUGCGGGCCAAAGUUGUAUCAGUGAAGGACACCUCAACUAUUUACGUGCAGUUAUUGCCACAACAAGCAUUGACAGUCCGUGAACAAAUUGCCGCAGUUGUUGAAAGUGACUGUCUAAAAAAACUUGAGAAAGAUAACGUUCUGCCUGGCACGAUUUGCAUCAUAAAAAGUGAAGAGAAUAGCUAUCAUAGGGCUUUGGUGUGGAAUAUUGAUGAUGAAGCAAAUCUUACAGUCGAACUUAUUGAUCAAGGCGGCUGCAUCAAUAUCGGAAUGGAUGAGGUAUGUCAAUUUAAAUUCGUUUUUAAUUUAAAUAUUAAGUGAUGAACUAGUUGAAUA